CUCUCCCUCUCCCUCUCCCCGUCGUCAUGCCGCUGUUGUGUGCCUACCAUAGGAGCGCUGCGUCCUCCUCCUCCCCCACCUCCUCGCCAUAAUAAUAUAUACUCGCGUGAUGCCCACACAGCGCCAUGAUUAGGUCGCUGCGGCGAACUAGGAGCUCUGCCUUCCGUUAAUUAUCCUCUUCCUGAACACAUUGCCCAUCCUUCCUGAAGCAGCGGGCAGCGCCUUCAUAUAAACUUACCCCUACGGCAUACAGAUCAGCCUGUUGUUUGUUUGAUUUGGCCUGGCCAGUGGCGCCGGCCGGCAAGACACAGAGUUCGUCUAGCUCUAUCCUAUAAUCUCUCUCCCUUCCGGCAGAGCCCUGACCGCUUCUGCGCGUGCGUUUAUAUGGGUUCUUGGGUGCGCACCAUUACGACGCCGUUCCGGAAAGCCUGCACCAUCUUCGUCCCGCACAAGGACGGCAAGAAGCCGCAGCAACCAAGCUCAGCUAUGGUGCAGCACGUCGAAGCCGAGAGGGCCAAGCUCCACGGGGAGGUGAUGGCGUGCGCCUACGAAGACGUGCAGGUCAUGUGGUCCAUGCUCGACCAGGCAAGGAUCCGGGAUCUCAGUGGCAGCUCGUGACGGACACCAAACGUCUGUUCAUGCAUUCCUGGAGCCGCAUGAAUGGACAUGGAGUACAUAGCAAAAUAUCUCCCCCCUCACCACCAAAAACAUUCCGGGCCCACAUGCUUUCUUGGGGCUUGAAGCUGAUCAUCAUCGUCCAAGCUUCUUGUAGCUAUUUGCGCGGAUCAAUCAAGCCCUGAAACUAUGUGUCCAUUUUGUACGUAGCUAGAUUUAGCUUUGCUUUUGGAGGUUGUUGCAGCUCAUCAGGUUGAGUUUUGAAUCCCCACUGGCACUCUACGCUUUUGGAGAGAUGUAAAAAACUACAGAGAUCAUUGAAAAACCGUCAUAAAGCAGUGUUUAUGACAAUUUCAAAUAGCA